UACAGCGAUGACCCGGUCCUGCAGUACCGCCCCGCGUUCACACGCUCCAUGCCUGUGCAGAUCCUGCUCACGGGCAUCAUCUUCACGCUCGCCGCGAUCCUGCUCAUCCAGCUGCUCUUCACCGCGCGGUACCACUGGCAGCUCUCGCCGGGAAACUAUGUCCUCCAGGUGACGGGCGUGAUUAGUCUGGGCAGUUCGUUGGUGGCGUCAAUGUAUAAGAUCCUGACGGUGACGGCGGAGGAGAGCCAGGAGUGGCCGUACAUGUUGUCGUAUAUUGCUGUCGACAUCCCGCCGCUGCAUAAUAGAGGGAGCUGGGCGACAGCGGAACUUACGGGAUGGUUAGUGAUGAACGGGAUCAUCUCUGCGCUUAUUCAGAUGGUGCAUGUGCAUUUUCUCACUCUGCUCUUCCCAAGCAAGCUGGUGAAGAAUUUGAUAUUUAUCCUCUUGGUUCCCCCUACCAUCCUGCACGGCGUAGUCCAAGUCCUACCGGUAUGGACGAACCCCACAAUUGUCUCCAUGUCGCACUACCUCGCCAACAUUUGCAGCGCAACGCUCGCCCUCCUCUUCACGCUCAUGCUGCUCUACUGGGCCUUCAUUUCGAACCGAAAGAACGCGUGGCGCACGGAGGGCGGGACGGCGGCGUUCGGCGUUGCGGCAAUGUUGCUCAGCAUCAUCAUGACAAUCAUGACGUUCGUGUACAUCCCGACGAAGGACCAAUACGAGUGGUACCCGGAACUGGUACAUGCGAUCAUGAUGUGGCAGAGCUACUUGGGGUGGUGGUGGUGGGCCGGGUCG